UAUACAAUGCAGAAAUUUCGUUUUGUACAAUGUCUUGUGUUCCUCAUCCUACAAAAUGUGUUUUUCGGUCUUUCUGUAUUGACAGUUAAUAACACAGAAACUGAUGUUUCCUCUUUAAGCCCCACCAGAAUGAAGGAGUCUGGAAUUCUGCUGAAUAUAUUGAAUCAGGAGAGCGUGGUGAGAUUUUCCAUGGUCCAGAAAAUGCAGGAGUUUACUAUGGACGUGAUUGAAAUAAAGAAAAAUAACGAUUUAUUGAUAAGGAAACUUCAGGUUUUGACAGAGGAACAAAUUACUUCAAAGGAGAAAAUAACCGAAUUAAGAAAAGAAAAUGAAAAUAUGAAACAACAGUUAAGUGCCUUACAGAAUGAUGUGAAUGGCAUGAACAUUACUUUGGAGAAAGUGAGUAUUAUUUGUGAGACACACGGGAAAGAAAUAAGUGAUCUGAAGCGAAUACGUCUGAACCAGCGUAAAGAUGUCACAGAUAUCAAAGCAAAUCUUGCUGAAAAUAAACAGGAGAUGGAUCACCAAAGAACAGACUUGAAAAUUAUGGAAGAUGAACUCCAAACAUGGUCCCUGUCAGUGAACUCAACAAUACAGGAGAUUAUUAGGGAUUUAAAUGGAUCUUAUAUAGAUUACGUAUCUAUUCACGGAAAAGUGACGAUGAACAGCAAAAAUUUACAAGAACAGCGUUCCGAACUUGAUGUUAUCCACUCUGACCUCACAACAGUUCGAAGACAACUAGAGAAGUUCGACAGAUUUAAAAUAAAAAGUAAUCUGAUUGAUCCCAGCGGAACUAAAAUAGAUGAAGGGGUUUCCCGCCGUGAAUCCUUCAAAGAAACAGACAAUUUAUGGAAUAUCAGCGUCAGUAAAGAUGGUGUUCGACUGGUUAAUGGGGAGUCUUGGAUGGAAGGCCGUGUUGAAAUCUACGAAGGUGGACACUGGGGCACGAUAUGUGAUCAGAACUGGAAUACCAGGGAUGCUAGCGUUGUUUGUAAAACGAUAGGAUUCUCCUACGGGAUUCCGGUUGUAUCUGGACGCUUUGGAUCAAGUAUGGAACCUGUUGUGAUGGGGAAUGUUUCUUGUGAUGGCUCGGAGAUGAACAUCCGAACUUGUCUACAUAGUUCAGCUCAAAUUUGUGAGAACAAGAACACAGCAGGAGUGGUUUGUACAGACAAUCCCCCAAUCCGCUUGGUUAAUGGACCAUCUGAAUUUGAAGGUCGAGUCGAAAUAUACACAGACUCAGAUUGGGGAACCGUCUGCGACGAAGGCUGGGAUAAUAGGGAAGCGUCUGUUGUCUGUCGUAUUCUGGGAUACAAAGAGCAUAAUGCAUUAGCUAGAUUUGGAGGAUAUUUUGGUCUAGAAAUUAGGCGUUCCUCUGUUUUUGGCAUACACUGUGAGGGAACUGAAAACGACGUACAGAAAUGUGGAAACAACACUCUAAAUAAAGUCUCUUGCAGUAAUGGAACGCAUGCAGGAGUCAGUUGUCUGCCAAUUAGACUUGUGAAUGGACGUGAUACUACAGAAGGUCGAGUAGAAGUUUUAAUUAACAAUGAAUGGGGGACAGUGUGUAACAAUGGAUGGGACGUUAACGACGCCAAAGUUGUCUGUCGUAAUUUGGGACUCCCCAGUGCAAAUGCUGUAGCUCGAAGUUCGUCAUACUUUGGUCAAGGCGAUGGUAAAAUAUGGUUUGACAAUUUGGAUUGCCUUGGUACGGAACAUGAAGUACUGAAUUGCAGUCAUGGUGGAAUCGGAGUUCACAACUGUACUCACGACAACGAUGCCGGAGUCAGCUGCUUACAUACCCGCCUGAUGGGAGGACGCGAUGAAACAGAGGGUCGAGUUGAGGUUUACAUCAACGAUGAAUGGGGGACAGUCUGUGAUGAUGACUGGGAUAACAGCGACGCUCAGGUUGUCUGCAGAAGUGUGGGAUUCCCCAGCUAUACGGGAGUAGCUAUUGGGUCUGCCUCUUUUGGACAAGGUAGUGGGCGUAUCUGGCUGGAUAAUGUUGGAUGUACGGGACGGGAAGACGAUAUACGGAAGUGUCGUCAUAGUAGCUUUGGAACAAGUGAUUGUCAUCACAGCGAAGAUGCUGGCGUCAGAUGUGUACCCCUGCGCCUGGUGAAUGGAUCUUCCAAGAGAGAAGGUCGAGUUGAGGUACACAUUAACAACCAGUGGGGGACCGUCUGUGACACCGAUUGGACCCAAAAUGACGCCCAAGUUGUGUGCGAAACCUUGGGAUACUCUGGCCACAAUGUUGUAGAGCGUCAUUCCGCAUACUUCGGGGAGGGCAGUGGAGACAUUUUAUUGCACCAAGUGCAUUGUACCGGAAAAGAGAGCAACCUACUUACGUGUAGUCAUGGAAAUGUGCCCACCAAUAACUGUAGCCAUAGUAAAGACGCAGGAGUCAGCUGCCUUUCCGUUCGUCUGGUUGGAGGAAAAACUCGGAUGGAAGGUCGUGUAGAGGUCUUGAUAAGGAACGAGUGGGGGACAAUUUGUGACACAAACUGGGACAAGAAAGAUGCUGCAGUCAUCUGUCGUACUUUAGGAUUUGACGGAUUCUCGGGUGUAGCUCGUUCUUCUUCGUAUUACGGAAAAGGAAGUGGGAGGAUAUGGCUGGACAAUGUUGGUUGCCAUGGUAAUGAAAUGGACAUCUUUAAAUGCAGAAAUAAAGGAGUUGGAAUUCAUAACUGUCAACAUUCAAAUGACGCAGGAGUGAGUUGCGUCCCAACUCGUCUCGUGGGAGGAAAAGCUGAUUAUGAGGGUCGAGUAGAGGUCUACAUUAACAAAGAAUGGGGUACAAUAUGUGAUGAUGGCUGGGACGAUACUGAUGCUGGCGUGGUCUGUCGUAGUCUGGGAUAUUUAGAGAAUUUAGGAAAAGUCAUCAAUGCGUCGUCAUUCAAACAAGGAAGUGAACAAAUUUGGAUGACCAAUGUUGCAUGUUUCGGAUCUGAAAAUGAUGUCAUUUCCUGUCGCCAUGACAGUAUGGACUCACGUGACUGCAGUCAUGAUAACAAAGCUGCUAUUAGCUGCAGCAACAGAAUUCGUUUGAUGAAUGGCCGUCGUUCUGGUGAGGGUCGUGUGGAGGUUUUCAUUAACAACGAGUGGGGGACAGUUUGUGAUGAUGAUUGGGACAAUGAUGAUGCCAAAGUUGUCUGUCGUAGUCUGGGAUUGCAAAGUUCUAACGCAGUGGCUCGAAUAGAAUCAUAUUUUGGAGCAGGUUCAGGACAAAUUCUUUUGGACAAUGUACAUUGUACCGGUUUUGAAAAGGAUAUAAUGAACUGUCGCCACCCAGGGGUUGGUAUUCACGACUGUGGAGCUAGCGAACAUGCUGGAGUAACAUGUGGAUGAUAUUUACACAUUUCCAGUUUAAAUUCAUGUCUGUAUUACUAUAUCUAUAUUUGUUAAGUAUGCUAUAAAUACGAAGUUAUAAGAAAAACUACGAUUUCCAUUUAUUAAAGUUUUUUAAAGAUCA